AUGCUCCCUGCGUCUGAAGCGGCCAAAAUCUACCAGACCAACUACGUGCGUAAUUCACGUGCCAUCGGUGUGUUAUGGGCCAUCUUCACGAUCCUGUUUGCAAUUGUCAAUGUGGUAUGCUUCAUUCAGCCGUACUGGAUCGGGGAUGGCGUGGACACCCCUCAGGCGGGUUACUUUGGCCUCUUUCACUACUGCAUUGGCAAUGGGUUGUCCCGGGACUUGACCUGUCAGGGGAGUUUCACUGAGUUCAGCUCCAUCCCGUCCGGAGCGUUCAAAGCCGCGUCCUUCUUCAUCGGGAUGUCCAUGGCGCUGGUGCUCACCUGCAUCGGCUGCUUCGCGCUCUUCUUCUUCUGCAGUACAGGCACCGUGUAUAAGAUCUGCGGCUGGAUGCAGCUGGCAGCAGGUACGUGUCUGAUCCUGGGCUGCAUGAUCUACCCGGACGGCUGGGACAGUGACGAGGUGAAGCGCAUGUGUGGGGAGCAGACAGACAAGUACAGCCUGGGGGCCUGCUCCAUGCGCUGGGCCUACAUCCUGGCCAUUAUGGGCAUCAUGGACGCACUCAUUCUGUCCUUCCUCGCCUUCGUGCUGGGGAACCGCCAAGACGGCCUGAUGUCUGAGGAGCUGCUGGGAGACAAGGCGGGGAAUAAUGCGAUAUGA